AUGGCUUCUCAGUGGAACACUGCCCGUGUGAGCAGUGUAGAGAGGAAGUUGCCCCACACCCGUUUGGAGGAUGAGGCUGACCUCCAGCAAAUAUGCUCAUUUGGGAGGAAAUUAGGUCAAGGUAGCUUUGGGGUCGUCUGUGAAGCCACCCACAACGAGACAAGGAAGAAAUGGGCUAUUAAGAAGGUGAACAAAGAGAAGGCUGGAAGUUCAGGUGUCAAACUGUUGGAACGGGAAGUGAGCAUCCUGAAAUGUGUGAACCACGCACACAUAAUACAUCUGGAGGAAGUCUUUGAAACACAAAAGAGGAUGUAUCUGGUUACUGAGCUGUGUGAGGGAGGGGAGCUGAAGGAGCUCCUUCAGAAGAACACACGCUUCACAGAGGAGGAGACCAGGCACAUCAUCAACAGCCUGGCUGAGGCCAUCGUCUACCUGCAUAAGAAGGACAUAGUUCACUGA